AUGAGCCAUUUGAGAUUUGAGCAUCUUUCGCCAAGUGUGAAUGAUUUAUUUAAGGUCACGAUUAUGGCGGAUUCUAACAUCGUUAAAAAUGGUGACUUGUCUAAUGGGAUUGAGUUGAUGUGUCACUAUGAUUCAACUGAGGUUAUUGUCACUAUGAGACUUGAGCAUGAAGACCCUCCUAAGGUUAUUGCCACAAAUCCGAAACUUGGUCGUCGAAGCAUGAUCUAA